AUGGGUAUCCCCGUCUCCAACUCCGGCCUCUUGGAGGCAUCGAAGAUCGACCUGAGCCACCAGGAGAUGGACCGCCUAGUCAGCGAGCUUGAGGGCAUCUGGGGGUCCUUUGCCCUCGACCAUAAUGGCGAACCCACCGGCGUGGAGUGGCUGCCCGUAGACCACGUCGGGCAGGCGCUGUGCACCGACCUGGGUUACGAGGACAUGCCCGAGUUUGAGGACGCACUCAAGGGCACGUUUGAGGCGUUCCUGGACAACCUGCCCAACGUGGUCAAGGAGACUCGCAACGGCCGCGCCUUCUUCCAAAUUCGGCCAGACCCCCCGCAGGCCGCGUGGCGCGACACGACGAUGACCGUGCGCAUCAACAGCACCAAGGACCUCUGGCGCGUCUGCCUCAAGUCCCCCAACGCGCGCAUAGAAAUCCCCGAGCUCGAGUUCGAGAUCUCUGCCGACGGGAAGCGCCACAUCGACUCGAUCUACAACCACAUUGCGGCGGCGAUCUUCAACCUCGGGAACUACGUGCGGCAGGCGGGGACGUCUUUGACCGAGGACGUCAAGUCAAAGAUCAUGGACACCGUCAUCGCCCUCAACGUCUUUUUGGACGUGCCAGAGCCCUUCACCUGGAUCCUGCACGACCCCUCUGGCGUCAGCGAGUUCAAGCCCAUGGAAGAUGUAGAGGUGGCCCGGGCUCCGGCGCCAGAGCCGGAGCCUGCGUCGGACGCAGAUGCGGCAGCGCCGGCGCCCGCGGCGGCGGCGGCGGAGUCGGCGCCUCAGGUGGCGGCGGCGGAGGGCGGCGGCGGCGCGGAGGAGCGGGCGGCGGCGGAGGAGGGGGCCGCGGAGGGGGAGGCAGCGGUGCAGCAGGAGGCGGAGCGGCUGGCGGCAACGCGGCUUGAUUGA